CGGCCAGGAGCCCAGCAUCAGGAAGGGGUUCCGCUGGGCGGCGAGUCGCUUGCAGCCUCUGUCUCCUUGUGUGUGUGUGUCUAUGUGUGUGAUGUGCCGGUGCGUUCGCUGUCUCCCACACAGCGGAGACACGCCGAGGGGAAGCCAGAGGCAGAGAGUCCAGCUCGGCGAGCAGCCUUAGAGAGGAAAGCGCAAGCUGACAGGAGCAGGGAAGAGCUUUUCCUGAGCCACAUAUCUCUGCAGGUCAAUGGAGCUGGAGAAUAUAGUCGCCAAUACGGUCCUGCUGAAAGCCAGAGAAGGAGGUGGAGGAAAACGUAAGGGCAAAAGUAAAAAGUGGAAAGAAAUAUUGAGGUUUCCUCACAUCACUCUAUGUGAAGAGCAAAGAAAAUAUUUAGAGAGGAACUAUUCCAGCCUGUGUGAGAAACAGCCAAUCGGAAGGCUACUCUUUCGACAAUUCUGUGAAGCUCUGCCCGAUCUCCAGCAAUACAUAAAUUUCCUUGACUUGGUGGCAGAGUACGAAGUUAUGCCAGAUGAAAAACGGGAAGAGAAAGGACAAGAAAUGAUUAGUAAAUACCUCACCCCAGAGACCCCAGAAUAUAUAGAAGAAGUCAGCGAAGAUAUUCUCCAACAGUGUAAAGAAAAACUUGAAAUGGUUGCGUGCAAAGAACUCUUCUGUAACUGCGUAAAGUCAGUCCAUGAUUAUCUCAGCGGACGGCCAUUUAAUGAAUAUCAGGAAAGUAUGUACUUUGAUCGUUUUCUCCAGUGGAAGUGGCUGGAAAGACAAGUCGUGACGAAAAACACCUUUAGGCAAUACAGAGUACUAGGAAAAGGCGGUUUUGGUGAGGUGUGCGCCUGUCAAGUCCGGGCUACGGGAAAAAUGUAUGCUUGUAAGAAGUUAGAGAAAAAGCGGAUAAAGAAGAGAAAAGGAGAAGCUAUGGCUUUAAAUGAAAAGCAGAUUUUAGAAAAAGUUAACAGUAGAUUUGUAGUCAAUUUAGCUUAUGCUUAUGAAACAAAGGAUGCACUGUGCUUAGUUCUGACCUUAAUGAAUGGAGGAGACUUGAAGUUCCAUAUCUACAACAUGGGAAAUCCAGGGUUUGAAGAAGAACGGGCAGUAUUUUAUGCAGCUGAAAUCUGUUGUGGCCUGGGAGAUCUUCACAAGGAAAAUAUAGUAUACAGGGAUCUGAAGCCUGAAAAUAUAUUGUUAGAUGAUUAUGGUCAUAUUAGGAUAUCGGAUCUGGGUUUAGCUGUGAAAAUUCCUGAAGGGGAUACGAUUCGUGGCAGGGUAGGAACAGUAGGAUACAUGGCACCAGAGGUACUAAAUAAUCGUCGAUAUACAUUGAGCCCCGAUCUCUGGGCUCUGGGGUGCUUGAUCUUUGAAAUGAUUGCUGGCCAGUCCCCAUUUAGAGGUCGGAAAGAGAAAGUCAAAAGGGAGGAGGUGGACAGACGAGUGUUGGAAACAGAAGAAACGUACUCAGACAAGUUCUCUGAGGAGGCAAAGUCUAUUUGCAAGUUGUUGCUAACCAAAGACCCCAAGCAAAGAUUGGGAUGUGCGGGGGAUGGUGCUUCGGAUGUGAAGAAAACCCCAUUCUUCAGGGAUAUCAACUUCAAACGAUUAGAAGCGGGCAUCAUGGAGCCUCCAUUUGUACCUGAUCCACGAGCAGUCUACUGCAAAGAUGUGCUGGAUAUUGAACAGUUCUCCACUGUGAAAGGGGUGAACCUGGACCAGACGGAUGACGAUUUCUAUUCAAAGUUUUCUACUGGCUGUGUUUCUAUUCCCUGGCAGAAUGAGAUGAUAGAAACGGAAUGUUUUAAGGAACUGAAUGUAUUUGGUCCAAAUGGAAGUCUAUCUCAGGACCUUGACAGGAGCUACCUGCCUGAACCACCCAAGAGAACUCUACUUCAGAGGCUCUUCCGGCGGCAGAAUCAUCAUAGUCAUUCAAACAGCACUACAGGUGUGAAGGCUCAUUCCAAUCACCAUGUGAAUUGCCAUCAAGCUAAUUUGAACUCUGGAGGAAACAGCUAGUCUCAGCUCAUCGUCCGUGUGGAGAAUAUUUGUAUUCUUCAGAUUUUACCAUUUACUGGAACUAUUUAGCGGGAAAGCACCAGUUUCCUGGUAGGGUAUCCAUUCCACACGACAGAGCUACUCCAUUUUAUUUGCUCUAGCUGCCUCACUUCCUCUCAGGUCUGUCUUGGAGGUUGGGAUCAUGAUGUUCGAAACAAGGUGGUGUCUCCUUAGAAUAUUGCAAUAGCAAAUCAAUGAAAAUGGCUACUUGCACGUAUUUAAAAAAAAUAUAUAGCAUUUACUAGAACUGUAUUUUGUCUUUAUUAAAAAAAAAAGGAGGUUUUGUAAAUUUCUCUAUAACUGUCUUGGUUUACAUUUUGUACAUUUGUAUUUAAAGCAAGUCAGAAUCAGGAUGUAAAUUUUGUGCCCAGUGCUGAUUCCACAAUGAACAUCUUACCUAUUUUUUAUGAAUUGUGAUUUAAGACUUCCUCAGCAUUUAACAGUGAAGGAGAACUUCUUAACUCUGCAAUAGAACAUUUUUCAUAUCUUUUACCAUAUCUGCACUCAUUUUAUAUUUUUGUAGUUUGUUAUAGCUUGGAAUUUUAUUAAAUAUCCCUCUUUCUUUGGAUUGUUUUUUUUUUUGCAUUUUAUUUUUAUUUAACAAGUGCAUCUUUCCUAUAAUUUAUAUGUAAAUGGCAUUUUAAUCUGAGUGAAUGUAUUCUAGAUUUCUUUUCUUUAAAUACUUCUCUUAGCACAUAUAAUUAUUCUUUGUCAAGGACAAUAUGUUUUUCAAUGUGAAAAUGCUCAAUUAAGGGGGAAAUUUAGUCGGUUUACUUUUGCCAUGAUUGAAAGGACAUUUGGUUGACCCUUACACCACUUAAACAUAUCAUUCAAUUAUUGUGAUUAACACCGUGUGUUGCUGGUUAGGUGUUGUGAUCUGCAUGAAAUGUCUUUCAUGCAAAAAGUAAUGGAUGGUGACUUGUGUCGUGGAGUUUUAACAUAAUGUGCCAUGUUGCUGAAGCACUUCGAUAAUUGGCUCUUAUUUCCCAUUUGCAGUGUGUGCCUAAUCUUUGGCAUUUUGCAGAGGUGAAGCUGGGUUGUAAGCAAGGAUAUUCCCUUUGUAAGCCAAUCUUUCUCGGUGGGCCGCACACACCUGCUAAUGACUGGCUGUAUAUUGCCCAAGGCCCAGGUGUGGGUUCAGCUUGCUAGGUUGGGCUGUUAAGAAAUGAUUCAUGGUGGAUGAAAGUUAAAGAGAAAAAAAAGAAAAGAAAAAAGACAACUGGCCUGCUUACUUUCACUGGUUUGAGUGGAGCAGUUGGGACAUCACAUGAAAGCUGCACAAGACAUUGAUAAGGCCACAUAUGAAGUGUUGUGUACAGUUCUGGAGCCCUGCUGUAGGAAGGAUGUCAAAAAGAAGGUUGCUAAAAAAAAUCAAGGUUUUUGACUGUGUUCAGCAAAAGGAAAGACUUGGUAGACUAAGACUUUGUCCCUGGAGCUUAGAACGCUGAGGGAUGACCUUAGAAACAAUUGUAAAAUCAUGAGGGGCAGAUAAGGUGAACAGCCACUGUCUUUAUCUCAGUGUAGAGAGUCAAACACUAGAGGUUUACACUGAGAGGGGAAAGAUGUUCAAGAGACCUGAGGGAGGAACAUUUUCACACAAAUAAUGGUGCGUACAUGGAACAAGCAUCCUGAGGAAGUGGUAGAAGCAACAUUUAGAAGACAUUUACAUGGGUACCCGGAUAGGAAAAUUUGAAAGGGUAUGGGCCAGGUGUAGGUAUCUGGGAUUGGUUCAGAUAAGCAACCUGGUCAGCAUGGCAAGAUGGGCCGAUGGGCCUGACCCUGUGCAGUGUAGCCCUAGGACUCUCCACACCCAUUGCCACAAGAGUUGUGUUGUGUGGAUAAACAGUCUAAUCAAAGUGCAGAACAGGUUGAAAUGCAUUAGUCCUCGAAUAAUAUCUUCUUGUUCUGUUCUGAGGAUCUCAUACAGCCUUAAGAAAUCCCCAGGCUGUUUUAUUUUGCAUAAUGUACAUUUUCAGUCAGUGGUCAAUCAAUCGAUCACAUUCUCUCGCUGCUUGGAAGCCUGGCAGCUACACACCAGCUAGUGAGCCGAAUGAGAAUUAAUCUAUUCCCCUUUGGAGAAAACCAUGUAUAUAUAAAUGGAAAAAAAAAUAGAAUUGCAUCCAAUCCUGAUAAUUAACAAAUUAACUUCAUCCCCAAUAUUUAAAACAUUUUUUAUUUGCCCCAGCCUACAAAUGUGUUACAGAUCAUAAUGAUUUAAAUGUUACUCCAAUUUCAAAGAUUGAAGCAUAUUAACCAGAAUAUCUGUCAGCUUUUGUGAAGGGGUUGUAAAGUCUACAGUCAACCAGAUGGGUGGUGUAAGGGUUAAACGUACCAAUGUGAACAUAUAUAAUAUCCAUAACAUUUACCUGGCGGGGAAAUAAAAACUCAUCGUUAAUGUACAGUCAAUUCCUGUUAUUUGAAUAGUCAUUAUAUGUCAAUAUUGUAUUUAGUUAUCAGAGGAUGACAAUAGAAAAUGAGUAAGACUAUUCUCUUGGCCAAAUCCCGUGCACAUUUUAAUCGCAAUGAAAUGUUUUCUGAAAUCUGAAUUGUUUUAUAUUUGAAAAUUACUGUAAUUUAAAUAGUAUCAAGCAAUGUUUCAUUAAAAUUGAACUGUAAAAUUAAGUAAUUGAAGUAUUCGUAUUCACUUAACAGGAAUUUACAAGUUUCAUUAAUAAAAAUGAAAAUAGAAAAAAAAA